GAGCAAUAUAACCUCCCCAUCACCAGCAUUUCGGUCUCUCUCUCCCCCAGUGUCUCUUUUCAGUCGGAGGACGUUUUCGGGAUGGCGAACUUCAAGGGUCACGCGCUUCCAGGCAGUUUCUUCCUGCUCUUUGGGCUCUGGUGGUCUGUGAAAUACCCGCUGCAGUAUCUCAGCCAGAAAGUAAAUAAGCAAUCCCACAGGAUUUAUUGUUUCCAGCGUGUGGAUGCCAUCGAAGGGGGAAUCAAAAUCAUCUUUGCUCUAAUAGGGAUGCUGGCGGAGCAGUUCGUCCCGGACGGUCCACACUUGUACCUCUACAGUGGGGAGAACCACGACUGGGUGAAGCUGAUGAACUGGCAGCACACCACCAUGUACCUCUUCUACGGCCUCUCCGGGGUGGUGGACGUCUUCACCUACACCUCCCAGGCGGUGCCGCGGGGUCUGGAUCGCCUCAUGCUGUCCGUGGCCGUGUUCGUUGAAGGUUGUCUCUUCUAUUACCACGUCCUUCACCGCCCGAUGCUGGAUCAGCAUAUCCACUCCCUGCUGCUCAUCGCCAUCUUUUCAGGGGCCUGCAGCAUCAUGCUGGAGGUCUUCCUCCGCGACAACAUUGUCCUGGAGAUGUUCAGAGCCGGUGUCACCAUCGUCCAGGGAACGUGGUUCUGGCAGAUCGGGGUCGUGCUGUUCCAGCCGUGGGGAGGUCCGAUGUGGGAUGAGAAGGACCACAGCAACAUGAUGUUCCUCACCAUGUGCUUCUUCUGGCACUGGGCAGCCGCUGUGGCCGUCCUGGCUAUAAACUACACUCUCACUUACUGCUGCAUCCAGAGGUGCAGGAGAGGCAGCGGAGAGCCCUACAUCGGGCUCGGAGUCCGGCAGCAAAAGUGUGACACGAGCUCCCAAGCCGCCUUCUUAAAUGGUUCUGAUGAAGAGUGA